GACUAAUAAAAUAAUAGAUUCAUGGGUCCAGAAAGCGACUAAAAAAGAUAAUGUAUCGAUUAGGUUUUUCAGAAUAACUAAACAUACAACGAAAGGAUUGUUUGAAACUGUAAAGACGACCUUGAAGAAAUUGGUAGAUAAUAAGAUUAAUAAAACAAAAACUUAUGUAAAUAAAACUGAAGAUUUUUUGCGAUUGUUACACCAUAUUGCUUUACGUAAACAAAACACGAACAUACUUCUGAAUGACCUUAGUGGCUUCUCACCAGGACUAUAUGAAGACAAUGUGACAUACUCAGAAUCAUCGACUAUCAUUGAGUCAAAUGCGGAUAACAACACUUUCCAUAAUUCGCUUUUCACUGAACCUCUAAUUAGCAGCACUCUAGGUAUUCAUAUUACUACAGAAGAAAUUGCCAAUGAAGAUACAAAAAACGAUGAUAUCAAUAAAACAAUCACCAAUAGUUAUAAAUAUGACAGUGAUGGACCUAUAACGCAAACAAUAAGUAGUGCUGCAAGUUUAGGAAUCUAUGACCCGGCGGCGGCGAUAAAUGAAAAUAAUAUAAGAAGACACUUGGAAAAGCUCAAAAGAAUUAGCUACGUUGAUCUUUCCCUACCACAUCCUUAUUCUUAUAACUUUCAUAAUACGACUAAAUUAAAGGAAAUCCCAACAACUACUGAAAACGUUUUGACAAGUACUUCUACUGCACCGCACUAUUCUGCACUUUUUAAACCGAUUACUACGAGUAGUUCUAUCACAACGGUUGAUCACCAGUCGUGGGAAAAUGUCGUCCAAGCAGCCUCAGAAAUAGCUUCGUCUCUUAACCAUACAUUGAAAAAAAUAUCACAUCGGGCACAGGUUAUUCGCAAGAAACGGAGAAUUGAUACAAUUAGUAUAAACGACGACGCAAGACCACAUCGUCUCACUACAACGACUAGACGACAUAAAAAUCGAAAUCACGAUGUGAAAUUUAAAAAUAUUAAGGAGUUUGAUUCUCUGCUUGAGCCAGAUAAUCAUUAUGUGUUGAGCGGGCCCUACCACCCGCGCCAGGAGCCAUCGUCGGGCCGCCAGCGGUUCAACGUGUGCGACCUGCAGGCCGGCGAGACACGGCGCCGCGUCGUCGUCAUCCCUACCGACAGGAUCGUGCUGGCCAUCAACAACUUCACGAUGAAGCGCCUCACAGUGAUAGUGACGAGCGCGCAGCAGCUGUGGGACGAGAAGGAGCAGUGCGCGGCUGACCAGCUGGAGUGCCAGGUGUACGGCGCGCGGGUCUGCGUGGACUCCUCCAGCGCCUGCGACGGCGUGCCUAACUGCGGCGCCCCGCACAUCUACGACGAAGACCGCACGCACUGCAACACACCCUCCCUGCACCAGGGGAACGCCAUGACCUCCAUCACCGUCGCGGCGGUUCUAGCCACCGUCAUCUACAUCGUGCACUACUGGCUGAAGAGAUGCGUGCCCAAAGUUUCGGAUGCGUAUUUUGUGUACACGGCCAGAGUUGAAAAUGGAUUAAACUUGGAAAGCGUUAUGAAAUCACCAAAAUAUGUGUCCGAACGCACUGACUCCCACGAACAUGAUACUUUGUUCCCUCCCGAAGAUUACGAGUAUGUAGCACCAAUACCAGAGAAACAAACAUUACUAAGAAAAUUAAUUUAUAUAUUACUGUGUAAGUGUUUAAGGAGUCAUGUGCGGAAUAAUAUGUCGAUUGAAAUAAACAGCGCCGACCAAAAACAACGGUACACCUUUACUGAACUUGAGUUACAGAAAAUAUCAGAGAAAUUUCAAGUAGAUGAGUCUGUGCAGACAGGAGCCAGUUUGGAAAUGGCAGGUCCUUCAGUAGUAGCCACUGUGACUCCGCUUGCCGUGCCAUCUAGCUCGAUACAGGUAUCACCACAACAGAGUCAGCACGACAUCAUCAACAACGACUCGAUACAAGAGCUGAAGCUAAUACAGAUGAUGAAAGAGUCGAGAGCGAGUAGGAUGGAAGUGUCUCCCGCGUCCCCCGCGACACUCAACAGUGAACAACAGGAGGCAGAGAUGCAGAGCGCAUUCUAUGAACCACCCACCAGGUCAGUGACCCCUUGCGUAGCAGAGACCGCUUGCACUAUGAAGCAGAGUUAUCAUGGUAAAAAGAGGAUUAGAUUUGACGAACUCCGGCCCCCUGUGAUCACGACUUCGUCAAGUAUGAGGGGUGCAUCGAAGAAGAAACCCAGCGUAAUUCUGGAGACAGGGAAGAAAAGCAGACCAGAACAGUUGAGUAUAAUAGAGGAACAUUCAGAGAAGCCUAACACAGAAAAGGAUGUCAGAAAGUUUUGGGGGAAUAUAAAGUCCAAAAAGAAACCACCACCUCGACGCCAUUAAGAAUAGUUCAGUACUUAGUUUAUUUCUCGACGCCAUUAGGAAUAGUUCAGUACUUAGUUUAUUUUAUAGAGUUUUAAGUUAAUCAUCACGGAGAUACAGGUACAGAUGUGUUUAUUUUCGGUAAUAGAUUUUUGUAAACAAGUUGAUUAAGAUGAUUAAACAAGUUCUAGUGUUUACAAAUAUGUUUUACUACAAAUUUUCAUCACUUGUUCAGAAAAUACUCGUAUAUAUACGAUCAAAUAAAUGUACUUACUGUCCCUUUAUGUAAAAAAGUCAUAUUACACAUAUGAAUGUCGGCGUUUAGAGCCCCGAAGCAAGGUGAUUAGGAGCAGUUUAAAUUGGUGAUAAAUGUAGAAACAUAAGUUUCGUGUAAUGGCGGAGCUCCGCCGGUCGGCGUCAUUUCCUAAUUACGAGCAAUUGCCCGGCGGAUGGAGCACGCGCCAAAACGACGCUUUUGUCAUCUUUACUACAUUUUGUGAAUUAACUGUUGCGGUGCAGCUGUACUCCGGAGCGAAGGUGUAUUAAUAGCUCAUUAAUAAUAAGUUAGGUAUAAAGUAUUAGCGUGAAGCCGUGUAGCAGUUUUUGGUUAAAAUACGGUUACGCUAACUAGCAGUAAAUUUUAUCCUACCCUCCUGACCCAUAGUGACUAUGUAGGACAUAAAGUGAAUGAUAAUAAAGACGCAGGACAUCUGAAAUUUCUACUAAUAGUCAGGAGACUAGGUACAUAUUUUACAACUGAAACAACUGUGGGGUAAACACGACUGAAAAUUAACUUCUAUAGUCGACCUAGCUUUACUGAUAGUAACUAUAAUCAUUAAAAUUAAGCAACACAUGGCAGAACAGCCGCUUGAAAACGGUCAAUUUCAG